CGGUGGUGCCUUCACUGACACACUAACCCACAACAGAGCUCGGAACCCACGGACCGAACCAGACGCCGAGCCCCUGCACACACGGACCGUCCGCAGAGAAGAUGAUGUGGACCGUUGUGAUCCUGCUGGCUGCUGCUCUACAUGUGGAAUCUUAUGGGAUGCACGGUCAGGAGCGUUUAUUCCACGGUCGCCAGCUGAAGAUCUACUUGAACAAGAACUGUGAUAAGCUGGAGUUCAUCCCAGCGGACGAUCCCUACAACUCCAUCCUGUACUGGGACAGACUCAUGGGCAGGGUGAGGAAGGGUCGCGUCUCUGGCACGGGCUCUGACCGACGAUGGUUCAUCGAAAAGGUGACUUAUGAGGACCAGGGGACAUACGUUCAGAGAGACUUCUGGAAUAAAGAGGUCUCCACCAUCAAAGUGGCUGUGACGACCAGACUGAACUUUGAGAAGUGCGUCGCAGGAGAGAGUCUCUACAUCCCACUCGAGGGCCUCGACCUGGCCGACGCUGAACUCAUCUUCACCGGACAGAGCGCCAACGUGACGCUGGUGCAUGAUGGUGCUCCAGUGGGCCAAAACCUCCCAGAUUACUGGAACCGGGUUGAGACCCACAGUCAGAGGCUGGAGAUCAAAUCCGUGAACACCACCGAUGAGGGACGUUACUUACUGAAAGACAGGAAGGGCCGGGAGGUGUCUAUAACCAAGAUGGACCUGACGGACCGUCAUGAGACCACAGACGGGAACCCGCUCAUGGCUCUGCUCUUACUGCUGGGCAUCCCGGCCGGAAUCUGCUGCUGCUGUCGCAAAAAGAUCUUCAAGAAGAAGGCCACCACUGCCGCGACGCUUCAGACGACACCAGACGCUGUCCAUCCUCCUCCCAGCGGCCCCGUCGGACCCUCGCCUCCGUACAGCGCUCCAGGACAACCAGGAACGGUUUACUACCACGGACCCAGUCCUGGCAUGGGUCCUGCGGGCCAUCCUCCACCUGCCGGCCCUGGACAAUGGAACGGUCCUCCACCGUCCCCUGGAUAUAACCCCAGCUACCCUCCCACCAACCCCGGCUACCCUUCCACCAACCCCAGCUACCCUCCCACAAACCCCGGCUACCCUCCCACCAACCCGGGCUACCCUACUGCGGGCCCCGGCAUGGGUGUCCCUGCCCAGCCCCCACACUGGAACGCUCCACCAGGCCAGUACCCUCCAGGACCUGGAGCUCCAAUGGGCUAUGCUCCCGUCAUGUACAGCGCUCCUCCUCCUGCAGCAGCCAGUGAACCUGUGAAAGAGCAGCUCAACAGCGCCUCCUCUCCGGCCGACCCCCUGCUGACUGUCACAUCACAGGGAGACGCCGUGUCCUCACCUGUUCCUGCAGUUCCUCCCACCACCACCACACUGUCCUCCGACGGGGCCUACAAGUUCGACGUAGGGGACAACUCGUCCAACUUCCUGUAGGGGGUGCCGUCUCUUCAGGCGCCUUCCUCCCUCUGACCUCACGCAGCCGCUCUGUCGUCCAUCCCUCGGUCAGAGCCUUUUAUUAAGUCAGGGAUGUUUUUCUUUGCCUCGUCGCCUCGUGGUCUGACGUCUGAGUUUCACUUCCUGUUUCCGGGUCAAAUUUCUGGAGGCGACGAGUCAAAGGAAGAGUUUUUAAGUGUUAGCAUGUGAAGUAGAAAAGUGUAACGUCAACAUUCGGUGAGUUUGUGUUCACUUCACCGAGUGUUGAGCGACGUCUCAAAGACACAAUCGUCUUUUUCACUUGUGUUCAAUACGUUUGUUUUUCUUUUCUUUUUUUCCUCUAUAUCCCAUCUAAAUGUGAUGUUAUGUGUCAAGGAACGGAAAGAUCUGGAACAACAUGAGAUUCAUUCAGAAGUCGGAUUCUGGUUAGAAAACCACUCAGAUAACAAGCGUAAAAACACGUCUUGGAUCAGAAUAAACACCGACCGCGUACGUUGUGCUGCGUUCACACCAAAUGCGAACUUUUCACGUCGGUAUACGUUAGUCGUCCGAGCCUCGAACCAGCCGACACCGCGACUCCACUGUGAGCAGCAUCGUUCUCCUGAUGGUGAAGUGGGAUACUACACGUUGCGCUCCAUUUGUAGUCGGAAGCCGGAAAAUUCGCCUUGGACUUCAGACUCAGACUUGGAUUCUAAAAUGGCUGCCACCGCACAUGCACUGUUACUUACUGACCUCGGGGGGGGGGGGGGGUUAUGACGCAACUUCCAGUUCUGACUUCCGACGUAAAUGGAACCGACAGUAGCCCAGCAGAACUGACACAGCGGCCCCACAAACACAGAUCAUCUUCUCUGCGUUACUAAAAAACACACAGAGACCAAACCAUCGUGAAUGUAGCGACUCAUUUACAACCAUAUUUAUAACGACU